UACACUUGAAACAAGAACACCAACAAAACAAUGGAAGCAUCUCAAGGAGGGGAAAACAGAGUGAACAGCAAUGGGGAGGUUCGAUACAGGGGAAUUCGCCGGAGGCCAUGGGGGAAGUUUGCGGCGGAGAUACGUGAUCCGAAGAGGAAUGGAGCUCGACUGUGGCUCGGAACUUUCGAGACUGCUGAAGAGGCGGCAAGGGCGUAUGACAGGGCUGCUUUUGCAUUCCGGGGUCACUCUGCGAUCCUCAAUUUCCCGAAUGAGUACCAAUAUCAGACCCCAUCCUUUGCACCAUCUUCAGCCUCUUCAUCUCGAAGGAACCCCCAAAGAGAAGGGGGAAGUGAAGUCAUUGAGUUUGAGUACCUCGACAACAAGUUGUUGGAGGAUCUACUUGAUGCACAAGAUAACAGGCAUGGCCUGUAAAUUAUGAAGCUUUGGA